AUGGUUGAUUCACGACAAUGGUGGUUACAUUUUCUCCUGGCAGGUCUGAUCUGGUCUGUGGCAACUCGAGCUGAUAUUAACUGUUAUAAUCCUGAUGGGUCACAAGCGCCCGAUGAUGUACCUUGUACUUCAGAUUCAACCACAUUUUGCUGCAGCAAAGGCGAUGUGUGCAUGUCAAACGGACUAUGCUAUCUGCAGGGCAAGCGCGGCUUUGUGCUUUCGCGCGCAAGCUGCACUGAUCGGAGCUGGAACUCGUGUGGCUCUUACACAUAUUGCAUGCCCUAUAAUAAAGGUUCGGGGUUUCCGAUCGUCUCCGCUCAAUAUAAUGGAAGCAGCACCAUUCACUGCUGCGGCACAGCAAAUUGGGAGGAUGGCACCGUCAAUUGUGGCAACUUCAAAUCGGUUGAAGUACCGCAUGGCACAGCUAUCGCUGGUGUCGCUGGGCUCUCUGCGGCCUCUUCAGUAACUGCGACUUCGUCUCCUGGCUCAUCUACCUCCGCCCCAACAUCAACAUCCAAUCCUACAAGCGACAGCGGGUCAAAUGCCAAGCGUGAGGCAGCUAUCGGGGCAGGGGUUGGUGUACCACUGGGUGUGAUUGCGCUCGCAUCUAUAGCAUGGGCCCUUUGGGAGAGACGAGCACGUGUCAAAGCUCUGUCACAGCCAAUAAGUGCGCCGGCACCGAUGAACCAACCUUUCUUUCACCAGCCAGGAACACCCCGUCCUCCUGUGGAAUUAGGUGCUUCUGAUGUGUCAGAGUUGGGGAACGGAGAGACCCCCAAGCCUCCAGGCUCCACACGGACAUAA